GAAAACCACGAAGCAAAACCAAAACAACGCACUUAAAAAUUAAAUUAAACAAAUAAUGGCUGUGCUACCACCAGAUCCUGUCUUCAGCCUACGUUCCCCGGACAUGGGCGCCGUGAAUUCGGUGUGCUUCCAGGAGAACGAGCGUCUGCUGGCUGGCACACUCAAGGGCAGUGUUUUCCUUUGGGAUCUACAGACAAACCGCUCGGCGCUGCACUUUGAGGUGGGCAGCGAUCCCAUUACCAGCCUGCAUCACACAUCCGAUCGCCUGGUGACGCAGGAGAAGGGCGGCACCGUCACCAUGUUCUCCAUUGGCAACAGCAGCUACGUGAAGGAGCACAGCAUUGUGGGCAACCACCUGGGCUACUGCCGCUCUGCGCUCUACAUGAACACCAGCAACACCAACGAGCAGCUGCUGUUCUAUCCCUGCGAGGAGUCGUCCAUUGGCGUGCUGCACGUGACAGAUUCGGCUGCCCCGACCCAAAUGCUGGUGCCGGACGAUCCGCAGCUGCCCAAGCUGGGCGCCGUCACCUGCUUCAAGCCGUUCGACUGCGCCUCCUCCCUGUUCCUGCUGGCCGGCUACGAGUCCGGCCACUUUCUCACGUGGGACAUCAGCUCGGGCGUCAUGGUGGAUGUCGUGGAGCUGGCCACAGAUGCCCUGACCGUGGACUACGACCCCAUUACGAAUCGGGGCAUCGUUGGCGGUGCCACGGACAAGCUGACGACGUUCAGCUACCAGCGGCCAUCGAUGCAGCUGCAACCCGGCUCGGAGCUGUGCAUCAAGAAUCCGGGCGUCAACUGUGUACGCAUACGCGCCGACCAGAAGGUCUUUGCCAGUGCUGGCUGGGACGGUCGCAUACGCAUAUUCUCGUGGAAAAGCCUGCGACCGCUGGCCGUGCUCACGCAGCACAAGCAGGGCGGCGUCAUGGAUCUGGCCUACUCCCGCCAGCCGGUGGCCAUGUGGCAUGCGCCCAUUAUGGCGGGUGCCGGCAUGGAUGGCCAGAUAUCGCUGUGGGAUCUAUACAAUUGAAGGAGCACAGGGACUGCUGUCGUUAAGAGUUCAAAUUAUACAAAACUGCAAAUUAA